CAAGAAACAGAACUGAACACAGUAAAAGUGAAAAAUAAAAACCUAAGUAAAAGCCAAAUACAAAAGCGUGUAAUUCAUUAUCUUGCCCCUCACAUUCGACCCCACAACCGCUGUUCCAUAUUGUGCCUUCAAAUCGCCAUUUCUUCCUUUCUCACCAACCAAUUACAAAGGCUAGAGAUAUGGGGAGCAAGGGACCAAGUUGGUCUGACCAAUGGGGAAGUGGAGGGUUUGGCAGUGAUCACUAUGAGGAGGAGGAGAAGAUGAAGAUGAAGAAGAGUGGGAGCAGCAAGAAGAUGGCAGAUGCAAAGGCUGUGGCAUCAGCUGGAAUGGACAAGGCCAAAACUGCAGCAGUUGUGGGUGCCCAGAAGGUGAAGAGUGGAACCUCUGCUGGCCUCAAAUGGGUCAAGAAUCAGUAUCAGAAAAGGACUUCCAAGUGAAACUCACUCACUCACUUGCUUCUUGGACAGUUUCAUUUCCAUAGCUUUGGUAAAUAAUACAUGAUGCUCUAGUAAAGUAAAGUGUUUUGCUUGUUUCUUAAAUUAUUACAGUAAUUAUGCUUUGGUUUUUCUUUCUAGUACAACAGUCCAGAUUAACUUGUUAUUUUUAUAUAUUUUUCAUUUGCUUAUAGAAAAAUGUUGGAUGUUAAUCAUGUUAUAAAUUUACCCUCCACCUAUCUUUCUGUGA